GAAUUAAUAUCAACCAUACUUUCCCUUGUACAUGUAUCCAAACGCACUGUCAAAUGAAGUGUCAAAUGCUCAAAUGUUUUUGACAGUCACGCGCGAAACUUCAUUUAUGAGUAUAAAGACGAAUAUUUUACUUAUUAUCGUUAAUUAGUACAUACACUAGACAUUGUUUCAGAAUAAAAAUAACGUUUAGCGCUGUUUCUUUAAUCACCAGUCUUUAAAUAUCAAGAUCCUUAUUAGACUUAAAAUAUAACCUGCUCAAGAUGCCAUUAGUGACUAAAAUUCGCCUAUUUCGUAGCAAUUAUACAAUUUGUUAUAUGUCUGAGGAAUUAUUCGUAUUUCCAGACAAGAAGUAUUAUGAUAAUCUUGGUGUGAAAUCCGGGGAUGCGUGGGAAUUCGACAUAGAACGAUGUGAUGGAGAUCGCAAAACCAAGUCAUUAAAGUUGGUUGCAAAUGCAUUAUUUCUGCAGCCAUUUGUGAGAGAAUGUUUGAAUUCUGUGGCGUAUAGGACUAAUGUGGUGAAUCAUUUGAAUGAGCGUUGUGGGAAUCCUGAGAAUGGGACAGCCUUUUUAAAAUUAAUUCUGAAGCCACCUGAUUCAGAAGUUAUAGAUUAUGCAUGGAAUGAAAGGAUACUGAAACUGGUAUGGAGCAGGGUUGAAAUAGAGAAUGCAUUCUCCUGGCUGUCCACCCUUGGAGGUGCCUACUCGGCUCUCGGAGAUUACUUUGAGGACUGUGCAGAGGAAGCGGGAAGGAUAUCAAUACGCCAAUACAAGCUCUCCCAAAUGCUGGGAGACGACGCCUUAGCAGCCAGGAGUAAGCUCUAUUCUGCACUCUCAUAUGCUCAGAAAGGCAAACUCAAGCUGUCAAGGCAUAUUGUGAGGAACGUUCAUGCAUUCGGUAGACUUACUCAUGAUAAGAGGUUGGUGCGUAUGUGCCAAGGCGUUUGGGCGAAAUUGAAGUAUCUAAGGUCAAUUAAAAAUAGUUCUGGUAAAGGUGGAGGUAAUGGUAAAAUUGUGUAAUUGAGAUAUAAAGCAGUGUAUUUUUAUCUUUAACUUGAAUUGUCAGAAAAUGAGAACUGCCUAUCACUGCCUGUAAGACCAUUUUAAGAAGCGUAACUGCAGGGACAUAUUGUUUAGUUUUUUAUACUCUAAAUCCGAAAAACGAUGUAUUUGUGUGAAAUGAUCAUAAAAGUCCUAUAACUUUAUAAGUAAUUUAUAAUUUAUGAGUAUUCAAAAUGUUGAAAAGAAAAAAUAUAACUGUAUUGUAAAUGGGAUAUUACGUAACUCUUUUCCAGGUCGCGUCUACAAGGUUUUUUUUUUUUUAACAAAUAUAUAUUACAUAUUCCGGCCGAUGGUUCGGUUUCGGUGCAAAAACUGCGGGACCUUUCGGUCUCAUCGAAGCUUAUAAUCCUGUACUUUCGUUUCCUUCGAUCGUGCACGGCUAACUUCGAAUGCUCUCUGUACAGCCAGCAAUGGCAUUGUUCAUACGCCUAAAAGAAUGGUCCAUUGACAUUUUAUUCAACAAUUUUAAUACGUCUAUCAAAGUUUCAGUUUCGGCCGAAACUAGAGCCAAAUCCGAACCUUCGGCAAAAAAACGGUCGGACACAAAAAUUUAUACAAUAUGUAUAAUUUACUGUUUACUGUCUGUUGUAAUAAAUCUUUAUUUAAUUGUU